CCCGCCUUUUUUUUCCCCAUUUUGCUUUCGCCUGCCAUUCACAUCUAGUGCUUUGCAUGUCUGCUCUGGGUCCUAAAACCCUCGAACCAUGCACUCUCUCUCGGCCAAUACCACCUGAACGCUAGGCAAGCAAAAAACACCGAUACAUAGUUGCUAAGGUCCCUACUUCGUACCUAGACAAACACACAGACAGCCAACACCGACGACCCAACCACCAUCCACCCGUCGCUCACUCCGCCCCCGUCAACCCGGCAGCCACUCGCAUCUCACCGAGUUUUUUUCUCUCUCGCCUGCUACCACCCCCCCACGCUAUAUUGCACUGCAGAUCUUGCAUCCUUCCUUCCUUUCUGCUCUACCUACUGCACUGACUUGCCUGGAUACUUAGCUGCAGCCCGCUCCCUCGCAUCUCACUCCCUCCUCUUCCCUUCCCUCUUACCCUUCCAACCUUGCCCACCUAGCCCGUCUUUGCGAUACUGCCAGUGGUUAAUGCUGCGCUACUUCAACGCCCGUCGCCCAUUCUACUACACUCCCUUCACCAAGAGCAUCCGCUCUAUUAAAUGGCGCUAGAUACUCACCAUAAUCCCGCCAACUCGCCCUCCAGCAACCCAAUCCCAACCACCAUGGCCCAUGAAUAUCGCGAUGCCGAAAAAGGCAGUCUCAAUGGCCCUGAUCAUGAUCGCACCAAGAGUGGUGUACCUGGUGCCCCAGGCCACGACACCGACGGCGAUGAGACCAGCAGUGUCGGCGUAGGCAAACAGAUUGCCAUGGAGAGCGGGAACGCCAUUCAGUACCGCACUUGCUCGUGGCAAAAGACUGCCGCCCUGCUCUUCUCAGAGUACAUCUGCUUGGCCAUCAUGUCCUUCCCGUGGUCCUACUCUAUUCUGGGCCUCGUGCCCGGCAUCAUCCUGACCGUCGUCAUCGCCGCCUUGGUUUUGUACACCUCGCUCAUCUGCUGGCAAUUUUGCAUCAAACACCCUGAUAUCCGCGAUGUUUGCGAUCUGGGCCAAAUGAUCUUCUACAACCAUCGCUGGGCAUUUUGGGCCACGGCUGUCAUGUUCAUCUUGAACAAUACCUUCAUCCAGGGUCUGCACUGCUUGGUCGGCGCCAAGUACUUGAACACCAUGACCGGCCAUUCCAUGUGCACCAUUGGCUUUUCUGCCAUUGUCGCCGUCAUCUCGUGGAUAUGUUCCCUACCACGAACCUUUGAUGCCCUUGCCAAAGGUGCAGCUCUCUCGGCCAUCUUCACCUUCGUUUCCGUCAUUCUGGCUGCCAUCUUCGCUGGCAUUGAAAGCCACCCUACCGGAUAUCCUGAAAAAGGCCCCCUGCAGGUGUUUGCUGUGCCCGCUUCUGCUACACCUUCAUCGGCCAGAUCACCUUGCCCUCUUUCAUCGCCGAGAUGAA